CAGGGCACCAUCAUUUCCCUCAAUGCGCACGCAGUAAAUCGCGAUCCGUCUCGCUUCAAGGAUCCUGAAAGGUUCGAUCCGGAGAGGUACAUGUCCGACGACGCCACAUCUCGCAAGACGUGGCUAGUGGACAAUUACAGCUACGGUAUAGGCAAGCGCAUCUGUCCCGCGACGACUCUGGCCAAUCGAGAAAUCUACAUUGCCCUCGCUCAGCUCAUCUACUUUUUCGAG